UCAAGCUGCUUGGGGCUGUCAUUUAGGGCGGUGCAGAACAAACGUAAACAAACGCGCCGCUUUGUGGUGCUCCGGCAGAAGCACGAAAACAUGGAAUACAGUGCGAAAAAUGCUUACCAGCAUCAAUUUCAUCGCAAUUUGGUGUGUGUCGUGUAUCCGGGGAUUGUGAAGAACCCCGACCGGAUGAUAGAAACGCUAGGAGGGAUCCGAGAAAUAAGUAAUACUUUUGGGCAGGAAAAAAGACGCUUAGAGCUGCGCUUUCGUCCGGAGUGUAUUUAUUCCAAGCCAGCCUUUGGCGAUGGCCGCCCAGCGACUGGGCUGCUGCUGAAAGUGGUCGUGCAGCGCCGCAAAUCUCAACCGGACUAUCGGGCGGUCAGCUCGGUGCAGAUUGCCGGCUGCGUACGGCGCAUCUUCAAUUUCGAUUCGCUGUGCGAUUUUCAACAACUGCCCGCCUUUCGCAUGCCCACGAGCGGGAAGGUAGAAUGCGUGUACAGCGAUAUCGUGCCGAAGGGUGUCAAUACCAAGAGCCCACUGGAAAAGCCAACAACCAUUCCGUUUUUCCUGCCGCCCGUCUGCUUCAGUCGCACCGAUUCAAUCAACAGCUUUGUGCUGCGUGAACCGAAAACGCAGAAAAUUUCCCCGAUUGAGAGCACGUACCGGCGUCGGCGGCAGAAGUACGGCAUCUAUCAUCCGUUUACGCUGACCGAGCCCGUGCCGGAGACGGCCAACGCACAGGCGCAGCACAUGCUGACGUCGAAAAUCAUUUCCCCCGAUGAUGUGGAAAAGGUACGGGCCGCGUUCAAGGCACGCCCCAUCUGGACCAAAAAUGCGCUGGUCAACAUCAACAGGCUCGUGAUAAACAGUCAAACACUGGGGCUGAUUUUACCGUCGGUCGCCUUCUACUAUGUAAAUGGGCCGUGGCGGGGAACCUGGGUCCGGUACGGGUACGAUCCACGCAAGCACUUUGAGGCUCGGGUGUACCAGCUGCUGGACUUUCGCGUCCGCUCGAUCGGUUCGUUGCACGAGUGUAUCAAAAUUAAGCGCCUAUCGCUGACCAAGAUCAACUAUCGAACGGCAGAACCGACGGCGGCGGCGAAAGAGGACGAACAGAACUUUAUCAACUGUACGUUCGACGAGGACACCAUCCCGCCGUAUCGCGUCAUAUUCUACCAGUACUGUGACAUUCAUCUGAAAAAGAUACAGGAAAUGCUGAAGAAGGUACCGUCGCCCAAGAGUGGUACGGUGUGCGAUGAGCGCAAUGGGUGGCUGCCGUACCGGUUCGACGAUCAGUGUCGCAACAUAAUGAUGGAGAUUGUGCUGAACAACAUCAGGCGGCUGCGGGAAGAGAACCCGGAUGCGUGCAGCGCGAUGGAAUCGGUCGAGGAGGAUGACGAUGAGGGAGAUGAGGGGGAGGUGUCCGGGUUCGAGGAGGAUGACGAGGUGGAGACGGAAGGAUUGUUGGAUUCGUUGGAUGAUGUAACGGAUUGAAAUUAUUUACUUACACAUAAUCUUAAGAUUAAAUUGUCAUAAUAAACUUUUAUUUAACCUUUUAAAA